CAUUAUUGAUGUUUUAAUUUGUCAAAUAUUUAUUUCUAUUAUAGGCAAAAACAACGAACCUCCGUACCAUUCUGCGUGACGUGUCUUGUACGAGUCGUGUGUUUCUCAAGGGGGAAACUGGCGCCAUUUUGGCGCGAGCCGGAAAUUCAGUUUGCUUCAUCUCCAAGGAGAAUUUAGAGCCCCUAUGGCGGCAAUGCACGUAAGUUUCAUGACAGCCGCUUUGGUAAGCGACAGUGAGACGCGCGACAUCCCAGGUCUCAAAACUUGGAUAAGAUAUCACAGAAGGAUGGUGCAGGUGGUGUUUCUUCAUCCAGAUCUUGGUAUCGGUGGAGCGGAGCGGUUGGUUGUCGACGCUGCUGUUACAUUGAAGUCUCAAGGAUGUAAUGUCCAAAUCUGGACUGCCCAUCACGACCCAACCCACUGUUUCUCUGAGACGCUUGACCCAGACCUACCUGUGGUGUGUGUCGGUGACUGGCUGCCCACCAAUGUUUUUGGGUACCUCCACGCCCUGUGUGCUUACAUGCGGAUGAUCUAUGUGGCACUAUAUUUGGUCUUCCUCAGUGGCCUAGAGUAUGAUGUCGUUUUUUGUGAUCAAGUGUCAGUGUGUAUUCCAGUAUUGAGACUGUCCCGACACAAGAAGAAGGUUUUAUUCUACUGUCACUUUCCGGACCAGCUCCUGACUCAAAGAACAUCAACCCUUAAGAAGCUGUACCGUGCUCCAAUUGACUUCCUCGAGGAAUACACCACUGGCAUGGCAGAUUUGAUUCUGGUAAACAGCCAGUUCACCGCAGGCAUCUUCAGGGAGACGUUUCGGAGUCUCAUAGGGGUCCAGACAGACGUCCUCUAUCCUUCCCUCAACACGCGCACCUUUGACCAGCCGUCCAGUGAAGCACAUGACCUGGAGGGGCUCCUCCCCGAGGGAACCUCCCACCUGUUCUUCUCGCUCAACCGAUACGAGCGAAAGAAGAAUUUGGGUUUGGCCCUGGAGGCCCUGGCAGCUCUGAGAAGCACCCUGCCUGCCAGCCAAAGCGCAGGCGUUCACCUGGUGGUGGCGGGAGGCUACGACGAGCGAGUCAGCGAGAAUGUGGAGCACUAUGCGGAGCUGAAAGAGCUGUCAUCACAGCUCCACUUGGAGGACUGUGUGACUUUUUUGCGUUCCCCCUCGGACUCUAUGAAGGUGGCUUUGCUGCGGGGGAGCCAGGGGGUGCUGUAUACCCCGAGCCGGGAGCAUUUCGGGAUAGUUCCCGUGGAGGCCAUGUACUGCUGCUGCCCCGUUAUCGCCGUCAACUCAGGGGGGCCCCUGGAGAGCGUGGCCCACGGCAAGACCGGCUUCCUGUGCGAGCCCACAGCCGAGGCUUUCUCCAAGGCCAUGGAGAGGCUGGUCAUGGAGCCACAGCUCCGUAGGGACAUGGGACAAGCUGGCAAGAAGAGAGUACACGAUAAGUUCUCUCUUCAGGCCUUCUCAGGGCAGCUGCACGACUACAUUGUCAGCCUCAGCCACUGACAUCAAGGCUGUGAAUGCUUUUUUCUGGAACUGACUGAGUGUAUGUGGGCGUCUGAAGUAUGAAAGGGGCGGGGUUCUCUGAGGACAGAUAAUCAGCGUUUUCUUGGAAUGGUUGCUGAGGAACAGAAUUCUAUACCAAUUAUGAAGAGACUUAAGUGUUUGUGUAAGUUCCAACACAGCAACGAAAAAUAUUGAUUAACGCGCUGAAAUGUUUUUAGAAGUUUUUCCUUAUGAGAGCAACAUAGUUGUCUGCAGUCCUAAAUCAAUAAACAGGAUGCUUUUCUCCACUUCCUGUCUGCUCGUAGCUUUGUUCCAAAGACGCUGGCCUUGGUCUGUGACUCUGGCUGCCGCACGGACGUUAUUAGCAGAUGAUAGCGCGUGUGUGGCUUCAUUAGAGGUCUGGUUGGUGGGCAGCAUGCCGCUGUCUGGGUCGUUAUCACAGAGGUGAAUAGCAGAAGGUCAUUGUGUUUGCGCUCGGGCUCCUCCUCAGCCCCACCACGGUAUAGACAUGCUCCUAUUGACAUUCCAGCAGUACUAAUAAACUACCAAACACAAAGUUUCUCCAGCCGCUUUGUUGGAAAGUUUUGUUCU